AUGUCAAGUACGACCGGCAAUGGCUCUGCGUCCAAUCGUCCGAAAACUCCGACUCAAGACCCGGCCGAGCUUGUAAUCCUUCCGAUCGCGGCAACCGGACCACCAGCGGAUGAGGUCGACCGUUCCCGCCAUUAUUUGAAGUUGGUGGCGGAUAUGUCGACGGUUCUGAAUGGCUUGGAUCCUGCGGAGUAUGGUGGCUACCGCUUUGCCAUCAUCGACAGUCCAGACCAGACAACCGAAUCCAGGGACGAACUUUUCAAGGCAGUAUCCUCGUGGGUAACAUCCGGUGCUGAGGAGUUGCCGGUCCCGGAAGGUAGAGCCCGCGAAGCUCUUAUUCAGUUCAAACAUCAUUUGAAACUGUCGGUCGACCUGUUCUCCGAAUUCAACAGACUCGCGGGCGAUGAGCAUUCCCGCCCCAUCAAGCCUCUUCCCGCGCAGUCUGCCGUCAAGCCCAACGCGUUCCCGCUCAGAGCCAGAUACUCUUCCCCCCCACCCGCCGCUAUGAGGGAUCGACCGCCCGCCACACCCGCUACCCCUGCCGCCACCCCCUCCGAUCAAAAGCUCACAUACCAAUAUGUAGCUACCAUUCGUCCAACAGAAACGGACGCGGAGGCGCUCCACAACGCUUUGAUGCGUGCUGCCCGACGAGCACGGCUAUCGGACGAUCCGUCCGAACCGCCUCCACCAUCUCUCCACGUUCAAUUACCAUCGAUUCCCGCCGCCCUGAGCUUCACAUCGGUCAAACCCGACCUAUUUGGAGUCGAACUUCCCCAACUUUCCCGCAAUGCCGAACGUGUCCUCUCGCCUCCCUCUCUCCUCUUCACCACGGACCUGCCGGAGACUCUGCGCAAAUACGCUAGAUACCUCAUCGCUCAUUGCGACACGGAGCAGCGGCCUGUUUUUGGUGCAGAAUCUACACACUUGACCUGCCCGGCGCCGGAGGUCACAUCCCCUCCUUCGUGGUACCAGACAUCCCCGACCGCAAUCGCUCUGAUCGAAGAAUAUCCUCGCAUCUAUUCGAGUCUUGCUAAAGGAGAAUGGUUGAACGAUCAAGUCAUCGAUGCAUAUCUCACUCUUAUUCACUGGCGACAAUCGACGUAUCAGCUACUCCCAUCUGGUCGCGUACCCACAUUCGUCCAUUCGUCUCAAAUCUGCCCUGCAAUUCAGACUCGGUAUACCAAGCGGGAACAGUCGUUGGUGCCGAUGGCUACUUGGUUUGAAAAGGAAAAUUUGGAUCCUUUUGAUUAUCGCUUUCACGCCCUUCCGUGGAACAUCACGCAGUUUCACUGGUUUGCUGUCGUGAUUGACAUUCCCGCCAAAAAUAUCGCGAUCCUCGAUUCGCUCUCUCACGUUCCCGCCGCUCUGGAGGGUCAGAACAACAUCGCCGCUGAGGAUAGUGAUACGGGAAACCUGGCCCUUGCGCGUUGCCGCAAGCAUUUCCAGAUGAUCGGCACCUGGUUGUCGGAGCUUCAUCUAAAGUUUCGGGGUACCCCACUAGUCCAGGCGGAAUGGUCGUUCUCGCUUCCCCCUGUUCCGCAACAAGAAGAUUCCUCAAACUGCGGCGUCUUCAUGCUUCAGCAUAUCGAGGCCAUCUGUAGAAUCCAGGACCUGGGAGCUGUCUGCAAUCAGCCAGCACCGAAACACGAUGCUCGCCGACAUAUGGCCAUCGAACUCGCCCAAAACCGACUUCAACGACGACAUGUUACCGACGAGUAUUGA